UAAAAACAUUAUUUUCGAUAAACAUCGAUAUAUCGAUAAAUAUUUCUAUUUUAAUGUAUUGUGCAAGAAUUUUUAUUACGUUUUCUCGCUUGUGACAUCAUAAUUUAAGCGGUAACGUACGAUAAAGUAGUAAGAAUCUUAAAUAAAUUACACAAGGUUUAGAUAAACAUUACAAAUUUAAUAUAUAAUUCAACUAAACAGAAUAAAAUCAAAUACUGCAGCACCAAACUUUGAAGUAAGAUCUUUUUUUGCCGAGCAUCAUCAAGUGGUAACUUUUAGUGUGCUUUCAAAAAAUCUGUCCAUUUAGGUUAUAUGAUACAGGUUCACUUCUUCACUUUUAACCGAAUAUUUAUGCUUUUUAAUUUUUUUUUUAUUAAAAAAUUAUGAGAGUAUAUCUCAAAUACGUUGAGUCUAGAUCUGAAUUUUCUUCCAUCGAUUAUUAAUCGGCUCUAGACAUUGUCACCGUGACCGUGUCACCUUUUCAAAGACACACGCAAUAACAUGCAAUAAUAUGAUUACAGAUUUCUACAAACUUUGUUUACAUUUAUUUUCUAUCGUGAUCGUGAGAUUCUUGUUCAGGUGACCGCAAUUAUAAUCGGCAGUUGGAAACGAUCGACGAAAAUAUAACGUAACAUUAUGCAGCCACAGUGCCAAACAAUGAAUGCAUUAGCAGACAUCAUCAAGGCAAAGGAGGAUGUGUCGAUUGAUCUCUGUAGCAUGAAGAAUUUAGAAUUAGAGGUGCUACGUUAUCUUUAUCGAAAUGUCAAAGAUGAAAAUUAUCAUCAGAUCGGACAUACUUAUAUGCGCUUGUUAUCUCCAUUUCAUCCUGACAAAAAUGAUGUCAGAGCGGCAGACUGGCUAUUUGUAUUAAACACAUUGAAUUCUGGUUCAUUCUGGUUACCAAACAAUGAAACAUGGACAGUUCAUGGAUUAACUGGCUAUAUGGCAUUGUGCGCUGCUAUUAAAAGAGCCAUUGACAAAGGAGUGCCAAUGUGGAAUCCUAAGUUUUAUACAGCAUUAAACGAAAGAGCCAUGGAAGAAAUUUUUCGAGGUGACAAAGGAAUUACUAUUCCAUAUUUAGUUGAAAAGAUGACGAUUUUGCACGAUAUUGGAACAAUUUUAUUAGACAAAUAUAAAGGUACUUUUAUAAAUUGUAUUAGAUCGUGUCAACGUAAUCCAUUGCAAUUGGUUAUCACACUUUUCAAUGACUUUGAACCGUAUCAUGAAAAAGAAAUAUAUAAUGAAAAAAACGUUUUUCUGUAUACUAAGGCUUGGAUAAUGGUAAAUGAUGUAUGGGCUUUUUUUAAGAAUCAUCAGUUGGGUCUUGAUAUGAAGAUACAAAAAAUACCUACGAUAUAUGUUGAUUAUCGUGUUUCCCGAAUUUUUAUUUAUUUUAAGGUUCUUCGAUAUAGUAAAAGGCUUAUAGAUAAAAUCAAAGAAACCGACGAAGACUUUUCUUUGGAUACUUUGCGCGGAAGUAAAGAGGAAAUAGAAAUACGCAGUUCCUCAAUUUUCCUAGCAAAUUUGCUAAAUAAAAGGCUACAAUCUCGACAUGGAAAAUUUGAUAAAGAAAAAGGACAAUAUUGCGAUUCAACUUUUGAUUAUUCGUGUAUAAUUGACAAUUUCUUCUGGGAUUAUCAGCAAGUAAACGACGCGCAAUUGAAGAAAGUCGAAUUAUGCGAUGUUUCUACUGGACAUUAUUAUUACAAAUGAUCGCCAUAAAUGAUCGCGUUCCGAAUGAUUUCUUGACUUUUUUAUAUCUCUAUAUUUUUAUAUAAUGUAUUUUAUGACGUA